ACCUUUAUGUCACACCAGUUCAUACCAUAUUAGAGGAUCAACUCAACCAACAAGUUAAUCCAAUGGUUGAAAUCUUAUGGAUAGUUUUAUACUCUAUUAAGUAUAUGGUCGAUGCUUUACAGACCUUAGGGGUAAACACGAAAAGGUUAAUCCGAUAAUUGAAAUUUCACCAUUGAGUAUGGAAGAGAUGAAGACUCCAACAACGCCCAUAGUUUGAAAACAGUGUAUGUGUGCUGUGUCAGUGGACUAAAACUCAGAAACAAAAAAAAAAGCUACCUCGCUAUAUUUAGAACACAAAACCAACUGAAUUAACUGUACUUUUGUAUAAUUGUAUACAAUCAUUUCCCUCCUUUUUACCACCUUUCUCUUAACUCGUUGACCUCAUCCCCUCAUUUUUCUCUCCAAAAAUUGUCAUACCAAAAAUCCAAAUUAUCUUCAUUGAUUUCAAAAAAAUAUAGCCUGCAUUACAAUCUUUCCAACAAACCCAAAACCCUUAAAAGAUCUUUCUUUCUUCUCCCAUUCUCAUUGCGAAAUCCUAACAAAGAGGACGUGGGCGUUGUUGGGUUUCAAUGUCCAACAAUCGCACAGGAGAUGAUUCUGCAAAAUGGAUUUUGGGUGCAGCUGAAAUUGAUCAAGUUGUGGAUACACCCACCAAUGGGAAUGGGAAUGGAAAUGGGAAUGCGAAUGCGAGCAGCAGUAAUAAUAACAAUAAUAAUGGUAAGAAAAAUCUGAAAAGUGGUGUGAGUUUUAGUAGAAUUGGAAGCAAUGCUAGGAAAAGAUUUGGAAUGCUUGGGAAUGGUAAUGGUAAUGGUAAUGGUAAUGGAGCGCAACCAAAGAUGGGAAGAAUGCGAUCAACUGCUGCAAGAGGAUUGCAAAGUCUUAGAUUUCUUGAUGGUGCAACUGGGAAAGAUGGUGAUUCAUGGAAACCUGUUGAAAAGAGAUUUAAUCAGAAUGCUGUUAAUGGCAGGCUUCAUCGAGAUAAAUUUAGUGCUAUUGUUGGAAUGGGAGAUUCAAAAGAAUUUGCAGGGGAGUUGUAUGAUACAUUGGCAAGAAGAAGAAAUGUGGAUGCUUCAAAUGGGAUUGGAAUUGAUGAAAUGAGAAUGUUUUGGGAAGAUAUGACUAGUCAAGAUAUUGAUGCUCGGUUGCAGAUCUUCUUUGACAUGUGUGACAAGAAUGGAGAUGGGAAACUAUCGGAAGAUGAGGUUCGCGAGGUUUUAGUGUUGAGUGCCUCAGCUAACAAACUAAAUAAGCUCAAGACACAAGCAGGAGAAUAUGCAGCUUUGAUCAUGGAAGAACUCGACCCUGAUCACCAAGGAUAUAUAGAGUUAUGGCAACUUGAAACUUUGCUAAGGGGGAUGGUGACUUCUACCGAUGAAGGAACCAAGAUGAAGAGGAGCCAAACUUUGACGAAAACCAUGAUCCCUAAGAUGUUCAGGAACCCAAUAUCGAAAGUGGUGAAUGGCACAAAAGAAUUUGUUGUGGACAAUGGGAAGAGAAUUUGGGCAGUUGGUCUUUGGCUAAUGAUAAAUGUGAUCCUCUUCUAUUACAAGUUUCACUAUUAUGAGAAGCAUCCGGCUUUUCCAAUCAUGGGUUAUUGUGUGUGUGUUGCAAAGGGUGCUGCUGAGACUCUCAAGUUCAAUAUGGCUCUCAUUUUGCUUCCUGUUUGUAGAAGAACGCUAACGCGUUUAAGAUCAUCAUUUCUUAGUAGAAUCUUUCCUUUUGAUGAUAAUAUAAAUUUCCACAAGAUGAUAGCAGCUGGGAUCACAGUUGGAACAUUUUUGCAUGUUUUAAUGCACUUGAGUUGUGAUUUUCCAAGAGUCAUUUUGUGUCCAAAACCGAAAUUUAUGAGGUGGCUUGGUCCAAAUUUUAACUUCAAGCAGCCAACUUUUCUUGAUUUGGUAAAUAGCAUACCCGGGAUGACUGGUAUCAUCAUGAUCCUUCUUAUGGCUUUUGCCUUCACACUAGCAACACACUCGUUUAGAAGGAAUGUUAUCAAGUUGCCGUGGCCAUUCCUUCAUUUGGCCGGGUUCAAUGCCUUCUGGUACGCGCAUCACUUGCUGGUGGUUGUGUAUAUUCUCUUGAUCAUUCAUGGGUAUUUCCUGUUUCUGACCAGGGAGUGGUACAAGAAAACGACAUGGAUGUUUAUUGUGUUCCCAGUUUUGCUCUAUGCUAGUGAGAGAACAUUGACAUCCGUCCAUGAUCAUAAUCAUCAUGUCAACAUCCUAAAGGCUGUUAUAUAUCAAGGAAAUGUCCUCGCAUUAUACAUGAGUAAACCACCUGCAUUUAAGUACAAGAGUGGAAUGUACUUGUUUGUGAAGUGUCCAGACAUCUCAAGCUUCGAAUGGCAUCCCUUCUCUAUCACUUCAGCACCUGAUGAUGCCUACUUGAGUGUACAUAUUAGAACCUUAGGAGACUGGACUACAGCACUUCGUGAAAGAUUUGCAAAGGCCUGCGAGCCUCCAGCUAAUCGUCCAGCAAAAGGGAGGCUCAUGAGAAUGGAAACCAGACAAGUGGCUGAUUAUGAUCCUCAACCAACAAGUUUUCCACAUAUAAUAAUCAAAGGCCCAUACGGAGCACCAGCACAAAAUUACAAGAAGUAUGACAUUCUAUUGCUCAUUGGACUCGGCAUUGGAGCAACUCCCUUCAUCAGCAUUCUUAAGGAUCUCUUAAAUAACUUGAAGGAUACCAGUUCACAGGAUAUUGAGAGCAGAAAAGGGCCUCAAAGAGCUUACUUCUAUUGGGUGACAAGAGAACAAGGCUCCUUCGAUUGGUUCAAGGGUGUCAUGGAUGAUAUUGCAGAAUAUGAUUCAGAUGACGUGAUAGAAAUGCACAACUACUUAACUAGUGUGUAUGAAGAAGGCGAUGCUCGAUCUGCACUUAUUCAAAUGGUACAGUCAUUGCAGCAUGCCAAGAAUGGAGUUGAUGUGGUGUCUGAAAGCCGGAUAAGAACACAUUUUGCAAGACCUAACUGGAGGAAGGUGUUUACACAAUUAGCUGCCUCACAUGCAUCACAAAGAAUAGGUGUUUUUUAUUGUGGAAGUCCAACAUUGACAAAACCAUUGAGGAAGCUUUGCCAAGAAUUCAGCCUUAGCACUACUACCCGCUUCCACUUCCACAAGGAGAACUUUUAGGUGUAGCAUAUAAUUUUGCUGGUGAAAUUCUUGUAGAUUGUACCUUAUGUUAGAAUGAGUUCUGGCCUGUUUCUCUUUUCCUUCUUGUUGUUCAUACAUACUAUAUACUCAUUACUAUUACUAACAACACAAGAUAAGAUCAGAAAACCAAGAUUUCCUUUUCUUUUUGGGUAGCAGCAGGUUCUGAAAAUGAAAAGUGAGCAGCUAUAUAUCAGUAUAUGCUUGUUUGUUAUACAGUAAAAUUUUAAGCUAUGAGA